AUGAUAUCGUGUAGAAACGCUGGAAAUAUAUUUGUUUUUCAACGUAGACGCGAUGGUUCAGAAAAUUUUCGUAGAAACUGGACAAAUUAUGCAAAAGGAUUCGGAAAAUUGAACAACGAAUUUUGGUUGGGUUUGGAGACAAUACACCAACUGACGAAAAAUGCAAACUACGAACUCAGAAUAGAUUUAGGAGAUUUUGAAGGAAAUACCACGUAUGCUAAAUAUGGGAUAUUCAAUAUCGCUUCUGGAAAUGACAAAUACCGAUUGGAAGUUGGAGAUCAUUCUGGACCAAUCCAAGAUGAGAUGGUACACCACAACAAAAUGACUUUCACGACACAAGAUUCUGAUAACGUUGGAUUCACCGGAAAUUGUGCACUCGUUCGUAAAGGGGCAUGGUGGUUUGAUAAUGGUUGUGGUUAUCUAAAUUUGAACGGGAUCUACUAUAAAGACGGAAGAAUUGAUAAUACUGGAAUAUAUUGGUGGUACUGGAAGGGCAAUUUCCAUUCUCUAAAAUUCACUGAAAUGAAAUUAAGGAAAAAAACCUAACUUCGAAAACGCAUUUCUUGUAUUUUUCAAACCAGCUAAACAAAGGGGACAUUUAAAAGUAUGUUAAAAGUAUGUUACAGUUCUUGCAUUGGAAGUUACGUGACGAUAGCGUCAUCAUUUUUUUAAAUUUAUAACUAUCAAUAUUAUUAUUUUGUUGUAGCUAUUCUUGUUUUACCGUGUUCCAAUUUAUUUUUAUAUAUGCUUAUUAA